CUAUGUGCUUGCAGGUAAUUUUAGAGAAUUACCAAGUUCUCUGACAAUCACUUUACUAUAUUUUUUCUGGGUGCAAUCUGUAGGCAAAAGCACUCGGUUAAACAAAUGGGGGCCCUAUUCUUACUAAUAAUUGCUGCCAUACUUCUAAGCUUUGGAGAAGGUUCUGGCAGGGAUUCUAGUGGCACUAACCCAGAUCAAGUUCUCUUUCAUGGAAUCAUUCCUGUUUUAGUUGCUUCUGUGCGCUCUGGUCUGGCUUCUUCUCUCUGUCAGUGGGCUUCUCAGGUGAAGAAACACAACUCAUGCUUAAUGAUUGUGGAAAUGCCUAUAGUUGGAAGCCUGUCAGUGGGCUUCUUUUUUCUGUUAGUUGGCUUCUCUGGUGAAGAAACACAACUCAUGCUUCAUGACUGUGGAAAUGUCUAUAGUUGGAACCUGUGCUUAUUGGCAAGUAUGUCUAAGUCUCCAGAUGGAGAAGCCAUCAGACAGCAUGGGUUUUUUCAUGGUUGGACCGCAUUGACUAUGAUGCAGUAUUUAAUCCGAUCGCAGCUUGUUUGUGUGUUUUGUGGAGAUUGA